GUUUCUUUGUUGCUUCAUUCCUUCGGUCUUUGAACUCCGACCCCCAUUUUUCCUUUAUCUUUUCCUUUUCUUUUCUUUUCCUUUUGCUGUUCCCGUUUCCUCGCUCGGAUAUAUUCAGGACCUGCGACGUAUUCGUUGUGUUACAGCUCAGAGCAAAACCUCUACUUGGAUGUCCAUCAUGGCUCCGUCUUCUCCCACGAGUCUGUCCCAAGCCUUGGACUUUCCGCUGUCCACCGGCCCCUCAACCACGCUGCAGCUCCCCUCGGACAUUGGCAUCGGCAAUGUGACGAUUGGAGGCUAUAUCGCCUGUGCAAUGGCCAAAUAUGCCCUCCACUAUGCCCGCCACCAUCCGAAGAUGCAGCAUCAGGUGGAUCUUCGCUCAGCGGUGGUGCAGUUCUAUCGGCCCGUGUUCCCUACCAAGCUGAUGACAAUGACUUUGCGGGAGGUCAGUGUUGGCAAGGGAUGGUCUACCCUGCGCGUCGAGUCAUUCCAGGGUGAGAAGUUGACGACUUCGGCGGAUCUGGUAAUCACCGAUUUUUCAAUCGAAGGCGUAACGCUUCAAACUGGCUGGCGUCCCUCACCGCAGCCCAAACCCAUAGACCUGACGAAACUCGCGACCGACAGCCAUCCCGACUGGAUCUCCUACCACUGCGCCUUCUACCCCGAUGGGUUCCGACGGGGCCAUUCCUACGCCAAGGCCUUCAUCCCAAGGACCCCACGGGGCGAAGCCACUUUCAUCGAGGAAUGGAUUGAACCGGGCUGGGAUUGCCACCCACAGGGCUCGCUGGUCCGGAAAGGGACAGGAACCGAUACCUACGCGCGCUGGACCAAUGAGAUGAUUCAAUUCAUCGUGGAUAUGCCGCUUCCAGUCCAAGAAAACCUUUUCCCGCCCAUAGAAGGCAAGCCAUCGACCGGAAGCAUAGCGGCCACGCUCGAGUUUGCCGAACAGCAGCAGAACGCGCGCCAGGAAGGCCGAGAAGAUUGGAGAGCACUGGAGGAUGACGGCUCGAAGAGACUCAAGGCCAGAAUGGUCAAUGUCUCGUUGAUGUUGUCCACGGAGAUCAAGCCACGGCUGCCUCCGGAGGGCGUUCGCUGGCUUUACCUGCGAAACGAAUGCAAGCGCAUUCUGAAUGGACGGAUGGAUAUGGAGGUUUUGUUGUUUGACGAGAAGAUAAAUUUGAUUGCGAUCAGUCAUCAGACAGCGGUCUUGAUUCCUCCGGCUUCUAAGAUGCAGAAGUUGUAAACUUGCCGUCGGGGUUAUCAGUGUCAGCUGCAGAUGUGACUCGUUACAUAGUGACGGUGGCUAAACCCUCAAUUGUAGAUGGAAUAGUCUGCGUCGCAAAU